AUGAGGCCUUCUCAGCUCUUUCUCUUCGUCGUGCUCUUUGCCGUUUCUCUGAAGUCAACACAAGCAAUCCGACCAUUCGAAUGCGAGGUCUUUGACAAUACCUCCGGGACACCGGACACCCGGUUCAGGGGAGAGGUCGGAACAAAGUAUGGUGUGGAGACUUUGGUAGCUGCCACCGAGUUUGUCCUCAAGACAUUCAGUCAAAGCGAGACGGGGGGGAGAGGCUACGAUUUUGUUUUGCUGGUCGUCGAGAGCUUUGUCGCCAAUGGCAGACCCUUUGCCAUUGCAACCACCAAUGGCAGCCGGAUAUAUGUGAAUGCGGACUACCUCCAGAUAUUCCCCGGUAACAUGACGGAUGAGUUCACGGGGAUCGUAUACUUCAUGAGUGGCCUAGUCUGGGAAUGGACAGGCAACGGCAAUGCCCCAACGGGCCUCAUAACCGGGAUGGCCGACUACAUCAGGCUAACCGCUGGAUGGCGAUACUGGGGCUGGCCUCGUAGAGGUUCGGGGUUGAGAUGGGAUGAGGGGUAUGCGACCACGGCAAACUUCUUAGAGUUUUGUGAAUUGCUCCGACCAGGGUUCGUGUCGGACCUUAAUGCCAUGAUGAUUGAUUCCUACAGCGAUGUAUACUUCUGGGAGUUACUUGGAAAGUCUGUGGAUGUUUUGUGGGAGGAAUAUAAGUUAUUCUAUGGAAGCCCUGGACCAGCACCAGCCCAAACCAUCGGGUACUAA